AUGCCUGCCAUCUUCGCCGACCAGUUCGUCUCCUUUCUGCCCGCUGGGAACGAGCAGAAGACGAAGCUCGAUGUUUCGGUCAAAGACCAAGACGUCACCCAGCGCGAGCUUCCCGGUAUCGCCGAUUGCGCGACUCACCUGAGACUCCUCGACACAUUCGUCGCUCUCCGAAGAAGCGUCGAGUUGCUGGCCGAUGAAGCAAACCUCACUGCCGAACAAGGCUGGGAUCUGUACUGCAAACGGGCAGUCUCUCGUUUUGAGAAAUGGAGCGCCGCCGUUGAGAGACAACAGCCGCCCGUCGACGUACUGAUGGCAUGGCACGCCCUCAUGCUGCAUCCCAAGGCCUACGCCAGGUUCAUUGAGCUUGGCGGCAACCUCGGUCUGAGCGGGCUUGACUGGAUUGAAGUUUCGAACUCGGUGGACGCUGACAUCACCUUGUCGAGAUUCCUUGACUUCAUUGAGGAGGAUAGCACGCUUGAAUCCCUCGUUGCUGAAGGUCGCCAAUCCACUGGCAUCUUCAACCUCAAGAACUCGGCCGGCACGGUCCUGUUCUCAUACAACCUCUCCGCGGCCAUCAACCGACAGUUCGACUUCUCCUCGAAGAUGUCACGCUAUGCUUGGCUGCGCUCUCCUACCGCAGAAGCCACCAUCGCGCAGUCCAUCGAACGCUACCGCAACUUCUUCCACCUUAUCGGUGCUCACCCCGGUACGGUGAUGGUCCCGACCCUGGACAUCGACCUCGUCUGGCACACUCACCAGCUUUCACCCCUCCGCUACCGCGCCUACUCCAAGAAGAUGGCCGGUCGUCUCAUCGACCACGAUGACGAGAUCAGCGCCGACAGGUUGCAGGAACUGACGACGGACAUGCAGAGUCUCUGGCGCGAGGAGUUCGGCACGGAGUACCACGCUUGUCUCUGCUGGACCUGCGAAGCUGGCAGGGCUCACGUCAACGUCGAAGCCGUCGAGGACAAGCUGUGCGUUGAGGAGAGCCAGAGAGAACUCCUUCCUUUGGCUGAUCUCGCUUUCCCUCGGUGCACAGACUGCGUCAUGGUUGCCGCAGCUUGCGCCGCUACUACCAGCGCCUACGCUGUUCCUCGCGAUGAGGAUCCCAACUUCGCCUGGCAAGCCCCGGAUGCCUCCGCCAAGCGCUCUCCUUGCCCGAUGCUCAACUCACUCGCCAACCACGGUUAUCUCCCCCGCGAUGGCAAGUCUAUCAGCAUGGACAAUCUGAUCUCUGGCCUCGGCAAGGCUAUCAACUUCAACGAGUCCCUCGUGCGCACCCUUGGAACACCGGCUUUCGCCACAUCGACUACUGGAGACGCGAACACCUUCAACCUGGACGAUAUCGCGAAGCACAACGUCAUCGAGCAUGAUGGCAGCUUGUCUCGUGCCGACUUUGCGGUGACGGGCGACGCCAAGACCUUCAACGAGACCGUGUGGGGAGAGACGAAGGGAUAUCUUGCCGAGGGCGCUGCCGCGACAGAGGACAAGAUCAACGUUGCGACCAUGGCUACCGCUAGGAGCAAGAGGAUUGCCACCGCGAAGGCUACGAAUCCUUCUUUCAACUUGACCACCAGCCAAGUCACGGUUUCCCUGGGAGAAUCUGCUGUUAUUCUCGGUACUUUGGGUGGAAGCUUCUCGUCGCCUGCUGCGCCGUUGGAGUGGAUGAAGAUUGUGUUUGAAGAGGAGCGUCUGCCCUUCAAGGAGGGCUUCAACACGUCGUCUGAGCCCAUCACCACCGCCGAGGUCCUGGCGUUGUCACAGCUCAUUGCCACCAGCUCUAGUUAA